GCCGAUGACGACGACAGCUUUCCGCAGCUACAUACAGAUUUGUAACCAUGUCCACCUUCAGUGAGGAAGACGUGCUGGUGUCGUCGGUACAGAAGAAGAUGAAAGUCGGUCUGCUCCACCCCCAGCAGAACAUUGACAUCCCAGAGAUCUCGCUCACUAUCCAUUCCACUAUCUCCGCCACCGUCAAGAAGGCCGCAGAGGCUGGGAAGAAGCCGACCGUGGAAGAGUUGGGCCCCCUCGUUUCAGACUCAUCAUUCCUGAAUGGCCUCCAGGAGGACGUCAGUCGGUGGAUGGAAGAGAUAUGGAAGGUGACUCGACUGAAGAGAGAUGCAUCGAGUGGCACAGCGCUGCAGGAGAUCAGUUUCUGGAUGAACCUGGAGCACACACUAAGCAAGAUCCACUCUCUCCGACACAGCCCCGAGGUCCAGCUCAUUUUCGACGUGCUCAAAGCCAGGAAGAGGUUCCCUGCAAUUGUCAGCUUUGAAGCUGACACAGGUCUGAGAGAGGCGCAAGACAAGGUGAACGAUUACAGUCCACUAAUGAAGGUUUUCCCGGUCAACGAGCUGCUGGCAGCGGAGACACUGGAGGCCAUCAAACUAGCCGUGGCAGCCGUGUACACCCACCUCCGUAAGAUCAGGACCACCUCUUACCCUUCCCAGAGAGCCAUCUACCUGGUGGAGGCCAUUGCCAGAGACCUCACUACACAGCUUGUAAAGGUCUUGGGAACGUACAAGCUGAUGCUGGUGACAUAUGAAGAGUUUGAGCAGGUGAUGGAGCACUGUAAUGGGGUAUUCAACACAUGGGGCAAAGAGUACGACAAAUUCACCCACCAGCUGCGGGAAAGAAGGAGAGGGUACAUCAGGUUCCUCUGGAGGGAUGACACUGGCAUCCAGAGGAUCCAGAAAAGAACCUACACAAUUAGAGAUUUCCGAUUCCAGCACUGGAAAUUAGAAAGAGUGUUGAGGUCUCAGCAGCAGAAAGACCAGCCAGCUCAAAGUGGGGAAGGUGCCCUGGAGUCAGCCGUGAGGGAAGUCAAGUUGGCAUACGAAAACGUCAAAGUCGUGGACUGCCUCGACCUGUCUCCGGAGGGGAGUGCCGCGUGGGAGGCAGCUCUGAAAAGAUACGAUGAGAGAAUCGACAGAGUAGAGACCAGGAUCGCUGCACGGCUGCGAGACCAGCUCGGGACGGCCAAGACCACCAACGAAAUGUUCCGGAUCUUCUCGUGGUACAAUGCCCUCUUUGUGAGGACUCGCAUCCGCGGGGCCAUCCGAGAGUACCAGGCACAACUUACCCAACGACUGAAAGACGAUAUUGAGAAGCUCCACCAGAAGUUCAAGAUGCAGUACAACAAGACGAUGACCUACCAGAUGUGUGUCCAGCGCGACUACCCUCCAGUCUCCAGUGCAAUCAUAUGGGCCAGACAGAUUGAUUGUCAGUUGGAGACGUACCUCCAGAGGGUGGAGGCGGUGCUGGGGAGAGAUUGGGAGAACUACGUGGAGGGCCAGAAGCUGAAAGAAGUGUGCCACUCCUUCAGAAAGAAGCUGAACACGCAGCAGCUGUUUGACGACUGGAAGAAGAAGGUCGAGGCGAGGCAGCUGGUCGUGCAAGGACACAUCUUCAACAUUGGCAGUCAGUGCACGAGGACCGGGACCAUUCUUAAACUACAAGUCAACUUCCCCCCCGAGACUAUCACCCUUGCAAAGGAGGUUCGAAAUUUCAAGUGGCUCAAUUUCAAGUGGGAUAAUUUCAGAGUUCCGGUCUCCAUUGUAAACCAAGCCAACCAGGUCAACCAGCUCUAUCCUCAUGCAGUCUCUCUCAUGGAGUCCAUCAGGACGUAUGAACUCAUGUGCACCAAGAUCUCUGACAAGAAGGAGACAUCUGCUCUUGUGGCCCACCUCAAAAUUGACAUUCAGGAGCUUGUCCGAGAGGGUUGCCAACUCCUGUGGGAGUCCUACAAACUCGAGGGAUUUGUACAGAACUUCUCAGAGUGCAUCUUCAGCUUCCAGAAGGGGGUUGACGAGGUUCUCCUGUGCAGUCACCAGAUAGAUGAGUUGGUGGGCUCUCUGGAGACAUGCGAGUACAGACAGCCCAAGUUCAGGGAGGUUCUGGACAAGCUGCAGAAGGUGAUUGACGACCUCAACCUGAGGUCUUACUCAAACCUGAGACAGUGGGUGGCUGAGCUGGACAGACAGGUGGAGGCAAGGUUGAUGCGGCGACUGGCCAUAGCCAUCAGGUCCUGGCAGGACUGUCUGAGAGGAGUCACUGGAGACUCUGCAGUGGACACCACCACCUCCACUCCACAGCUGCCACACAAACUGGGCGGGACACCUGCACUCCAGGCCAUUCAACACGAGCUCCUCUUCACCAACCAGAUCAUGCACCUCCAGCCACCAGUCGAGAUGGUUCGCUGCGACCUCAUCGCACAGCUCCACAACUGGAUCAGCAUCGUCACUGCCCUGCCCAGGAUACAGAGCUCCAGAUACCAGGUUGGUCUGGUGGAGCUGAGUCCCACAGAGGCCACCUACCACUCUCUGCUGGGGAAACUGAUGGAACACGACUCGGAGCCGCUGGUGGGGGCAUAUGGUGCCAUUGAAGAGCUUCUGAGCAGUGUCCAGUCGUACGUGAAGGUGUGGCUGCAGUAUCAGAGUCUGUGGGACAUGGUGCCAGCCAACAUCUAUAGCAGACUGGAGUCCAACCUCACCAAGUGGCAGAAACUUCUCAUGGACAUCAAGAAGUCUCGGAAGACAGUGGACACCACAGAGACGAUGAAGCAGUUUGGACCGGUGGAGAUCCACUACGGUAAAGUCCAGCAGAAGGUGAACCUCAAGCAUGACUCCUGGCAUCGUGAGAUCCUCAGCUCCUUUCUCGGAGACGAUCUGCUGGACUUCCACUCCACCGUGGCC